AGCUGUGAGCAAAGAGAGGGGGGAAACCAGUUGUGGAGUUAAUGGGGAGCCUGGAAGCACUGUGCUUGGAGACUGGUGGUUAGAUGAGAAAACUAUGUAGGGCUGCAAAUACGUGAAUGAAAAAAAAAAAAAGGGGAUAAUGUGUCAGGAGCGAGCAGGAAGACCAGGCUGAGAUGAAUAAGUUGGACUGGAGAAGAAAGAGCUGGGGAGCAGAGAAAAGUGCUUAUAUGUACAAAAAAAUCAUAUGAUGUCCGUCCUACACUGGCUUUUGGAGUGACCACAGUGUAACACACGCAGGCCACAACAUGUGCACGCACACUUGGUGACACACACCAGCACAUAGCAUCACAUGCACAGCCUAAAACACUGUAACACACACACGGCCUUACAUGCAGGGUGUAACACAAAUGCACAUGCCAUAAAACACACGCACGGCACAGCCCGUGCACACAGCGUAACUCACACGGUGUCAUGAACACACGCACGGUGAAAUGAACACACGCACGCUGAAAUGAACACACGCACGGUGAAAUGCACACAUGCACGGUGAAAUGCACACAUGCACGGUGAAAUAAACACACGCACGGUGAAAUGAACACACGCGGUGCAACACAGAUCGUAACACGCACACAGCAGAAUUCACAGACACCCCCCCGAUCCCCCGCGCAUGCGCGCCCCCACCGCGUCCGCUCCCCGCGCGCACGCGCAGCGCCGCUCCCGCCGCGGGUGCGCGCGGUGCAGUGUGGGAAGGAGGCGGCCCCGGCCCGGCGGAGCGCGGCGCUGAAUCCUCCCGGCCGCUCACAGCACUGUGGAGCCACUUCCCGGCCUGCCUCCCCUCCGGCCGCCGCCGCCACCGCCGCCGCCUCCUCCUCCUCCUCUUCCUCCACCCCAACACGCACCCUCCCCCCGCCGGCCCGCGGAUUUAAAGGGGCAGCGGCGCCGGCCGGGGGAACCAUGCCGAACUUCUGCGCGGCGCCCAACUGCACCCGCAAGAGCACCCAGUCCGACCUGGCCUUCUUCCGCUUCCCCCGGGAUCCAGCCAGAUGUCAGAGAUGGGUAGAGAACUGUCGAAGGGCAGAUUUAGAAGAUAAAACUCCAGAUCAACUCAACAAGCAUUACAGAUUGUGUGCUAAACAUUUUGAGACUUCUAUGAUAUGCAGAAGUAGCCCAUACAGAACAGUUUUGCGGGAUAAUGCUGUGCCAACUAUAUUUGAUCUGACAAGUCACCUGAACAAUCCCCACAGCAGACAUAGGAAAAGGAUAAAAGAGCUGAGUGAAGAUGAAAUAAGAACAUUGAAACAGCAAAAGAUUGAUCAAGAUUUUGAACGGAAACAGGCAACUCAAGAAUCUAAUGAAAACAAUGAGCAAAAUACUGUCUCAGAGGAAGGAGGGGAAGAACAAGAGGAAGAAGCUGUCCCCUUAACACUGGAAGAAAGAGAAAACAAAGAUUACCUUAAAUCAUUAUUUGAAAUUUUGAUCCUAAUGGGUAAACAAAAUAUUCCACUGGAUGGCCAUAAUGUCGAUGAACUUCCAGAAGGUAUUUUUGCUUCAGAUAACUUUCAGGCUCUACUGGAAUAUAGAAUAAAUGGUGGCGAUGAAGUUCUGAGGAAACGAUUUGAGAUGACUGCAGUCAACCUUGAGUAUUGUUCAAAAACUCAGCAGAAACAAAUGCUUGAGAUCUGUGAAAACUGUGUUAGAGAGGAGACACUGAGGGAAGUAAGAGACUCACACUUCUUUUCUAUUGUCACCGAUGAAGUAGUAGACAUAGCAGGAGAGGAACAUUUGCCAGUGUUGGUGAGGUUCGUUGAUGAUUCUCACAAUCUAAGAGAAGAAUUCAUAGGGUUUUUACCAUAUGAAGCUGAUCCUGAAAUUUUAGCUGUUAAGUUCCAUGCAACUAUUACUGAAAAGUGGGGUCUAAACAUGGAGUACUGUCGGGGUCAAGCCUACAUCGUCUCCAGUGGAUUUGCUUCUAAAAUGAAAAUUGUGGCUACAAGACUCUUGGAAAAGUAUCCACAAGCUGUGUAUACACUGUGUUCCUCAUGUGCCUUAAAUGUUUGGCUGGCAAAAUCUGUUCCUGUUGUUGGUGUUUCCAUUGCAUUAGGAACAAUUGAAGAAGUUUGCUGUCUUUUUAAUCAGUCUCCACAAUUGCUAGUAGAACUGGACAACACAAUUUCUGCUGUUUUUCAGGACAAUGACGAGAAGGGUAAUGAGUUGAAGAAGAUCUGCCGUUCUCAGUGGACAUGCAGGCAUGAUACUUUUGAGGUUUUAGUGGACCUCCUGCAAGCACUGGUACUGUGCUUGGAUGCUGUGACCAGUGACUUGUCUGACAGGUGGAACAACUUCAUUGUUGGUCGAGCAUUUGUACUUUCAAGUGCAUUAACAGAUUUUGAUUUCAUUGUCACUAUUGUAAUUAUGAAAAAUAUUCUAUCUUUUACGAGAGCAUUUGGAAAAAAUCUCCAGGGACAAACAUCAGAUGUGUUCUUUGCAGCUGGCAGCUUAACAGCAGUGUUGCACUCUCUGAAUGAAGUGAUGGAGAAUAUUGAAGUUUACCAUGAAUUUUGGUUUGAGGAAGCCACAAGUUUGGCUACAAAACUGGAUGUACAAAUUAAACUCCCAGGAAAAUUUCGGAGGGCACAACAGGGGAACUUUGACCCUGAUAUGACAUCAGAAAAUUACUACAAAGAAAUCCUAAGUGUCCCAACAAUAGAGCAUAUUAUUCAAGAAUUAAAAGAUAUUUUCUCAGAACAACAUUUAAAAGCUCUUAAAUGUUUAUCGUUAGUGCCCUCAGUCAUGGGACAGCUCAAAUUCAAUACGUCUGAGGAGCAUCAUGCUGAUAUGUUCAAAAAUGACUUGCCCAAUCCAGACACACUUUCUGCUGAGCUUCACUGUUGGAGAAUCAAGUGGAAGCACAGAGGAAAAGAUAUUGAACUUCCAGCUACUAUUUAUGAAGCACUUCACUUACCCGACAUAAAGUUUUUCCCUAAUGUUUAUGCAUUGCUUAAAGUCUUGUGCUUGCUUCCAGUGAUGAAGGUGGAGAAUGAAAAAUAUGGAAUAGGACGAAGGCGCUUAAAGGCAUACCUGAAAAACACCUUGACAGAACAAAGGUCAAGCAACCUUGCUUUGCUGAACAUAAACUUUGACAUAAAACAUGACUUAGAUUUGAUGGUGGACACUUACAUUAAACUCUAUCCAGAUAAAGUGGAAUUUCAAGACUGUAUUCCUUCAAACAAUUCUGAAGUAACAGAUGAUGCCUAACUUUUUGAACUCUUAAUUAAGUUUCAAAGCUGGUGAGAAAAAAUGGUGAAAUCUUAAAAAAAAUCACUGCAAUUCUGUUUCCAUUUUAGGCCUUGAACUGAACAAGCUGUGGUCAAUAACCUAAAUUAUGUGUUGUUAGUCCAUACUAAAUGUGUUUGGCAGACAAAAUCAAGCCUGACACGAGCCCAUGCUCUUGGCAGAGGUGCUUUCUACAUCUGAUUGGCUUAAAUAGGUGCUCAUUUACUUUAUUGCAUCGUGGAAAAAGUACGUUAUAAUUGUAGAUCUGAUGGGGCUGUUACAUAUUCACUGAUGAAUUAGGCUAAGAAAGAAACUCAAAAUAUUAAAAGUAAUAUAAUCUAUUCCAGUUCUGUUACUUAGGAUUUUUUUUAAAAACCCAAACUCUUAAGGAAGACUUUGAUGUAUAUUUAAGUGGCAUUUUGGAGAGUGGAUUCAGCUAUUGCACGAUCACCGUGCUGUGGACAGGUCUCGGUGUAAAGUGAAUGUCAGUGAUAUUGGGGUACGUUUACGGUUUUGUUGGAAGAGUCAAGCUCUUUAAUCUCAUGAUGACUGUUUACAUUCCUUUGUGUCAGACACUUUUUUCUUUAAACUUAACAGGCAUGGCAGGAGUAUUUAAAUUCCUAAAAGACACUAAAAAUGUAAAAUUUAUUCGACAAACGUUUAAGUCUGUUUGCUCUGCCCUGACUCUGAUGCAAACCCAUGCAUCUUACAGUAUGUUUAUUUGUAAACUCACUGCGGAAAAAUUAAAAUAAGAGUUUGUUGUUUGUCUAGACGUAAAAUUGAAAAUAUUACUGUUACUUUUGGCGAGAAUGAAACAUUUUUGUACAGUUUAUGGAAAUUUAAAAUAAAAUGUGAAUUGCUUUUUACAUAGCAUUGGAUUUCUUAGUAAAGCUGUGCCUCUGGGAAUGUGUUCUGUAAAGGUACUUUUACUUUAGCAAUUUUUUCUUCAUUGUUUUUGCAAUUGUAGUGAGUGGCAUUUUCUGAAGACAAAGGAAACUGAUAGUACUGCUGAUCUGCAUGUUUUGCAAGGUUUUUUGAAGUAUUUUGAGACAGCACUAACUACAGUGGUUUUAGUGAUGGAGGUUCUGACAAUCAGGUGGAAAGAGAUUAAAUUUGAAAUGGUUCAAAAGUAAAGUUUUGCAGCUAUGCUGAUGCAUGACAGUUUUAUCACUUACUUGUCAAAUCAAUCAUCAAAAAUCAAAUGGUUUGGGUUGGAAGGAACCUUAAAGCUCAUCCAGUUCCACCCCCUUGCCAUGGACAGGGACACAUUCCAUUAUACCAGGUUGCUCCAAGCCCCAUCCGACUUGGCCUUGAACACUACCAGGAAUGGGGCAGCCGCAACUUCUCUGGGCAACCUGUUCCAGUGCCUCACCACCCUCAAAGCCAAGGAUUUCCUCUGCAUAUCUAAUUUCCUCUCUUUUAUCUAAAAGCAAUUCCCCCUUGUCCUGUCACUACAGUUCCUGAUGCAGAGUCCCUCUCCAGCUUCCCUUGUAGCCCCUUUAGAAACUGGAAGGUGCUGUGAGGUCUCCACACAACCUUCUCUUUUCCAGGCUGAGCAGCCACUACUUUCUCAUUCUGUCUCCGUAUGGGAAGUGCUCCAGUCCCAUUACAAACUUUGUGUCCUCCUCAUGUUGGGGGUAGGUGGGAAAUUAAGAGUACUUUUAUGUACUUUGCAGUUGCAGUGAGAAAAGCCCCCAGCAACAGCAAAUUGAAGUAUUCUAAAGACUAUGAGUUCUUAGUGCUCUAAUGUAGUCAAAACAAUACGAUCAAAUUUGGAAAAACCUCCACGUUUCCUAAGCAUUAUCUUUUCACUAGUAUCUGUAUAUGCUUUCUGACAUGCUUUCAUCUUAUUGCAAUUCUUGUCUCAAUUGUAAGAAGUGCUUUAGCUAAUAGCUUUCUCUGUUCCUCUCAGUAUAUGAAAACAGCUCCCAAAUCUUGGUUAAUAAUAAUGCUAUAAAAAAGCAUUUUAAAAUUAAAAGUCAUAUGGAAAGUUGGCUCUUUUUAAAGAUGAUCUCAAUAACAAUUUUAAUAAAAUUAAUUAAAAAUUAUUUCCCAUCUUGGAGUUCUGUGAGGUCCCCUGCUAAACACAGCAACAUGGUGGUUGUGAUCUCAGAGGUCACGAGCCCUGUGCCAUAGUCAGGUUGGAUGAGCCGGGGCUUACAGGUGCGAUGAGAGAAGGAAAAUUGAUAUCCAGUACCUCAGAACUGGCCAAAAGAGCUGACAACUGCUUUCUGACUGUGUAAAUGAGACCUUUCUAACCAAUGUACUGAGACAAACUGAAGAAGGGAGGUGCAGUAAAACUCUAAGUUACUAAGUGUCUACUGGAGCUCAGAUGGAGGCACACCCUUGUGAUAAGCAUUGCUAAUUAGCUGGCUCAAUCUUUUGAUUCUGUGUUUCACAGAGAUAUUUAGCUUGUCUAUAAUAAAUUGAGAGCUCCUGAUUUAUUACAAUUUGAUUUGUCCUGUUGGUGAGGAAUCUCUGGACUUUUUGACACCUAUAGGAGUUAGUCUGAAUAGUGAUAAUUUGGUAGGAUGCUGAAAACUAAAGGGAGAUUAAAGGGAAAAUUUUUGUCUGUGCAGGUGGUAAAACACUGACACAGGCUGCCCAGAGAAGUUGUGGCUGCCCCAUCCCUGGAAGCGUCCAAGCCCAGGCUGAACAUGGCUUGGAGCAAUCUGGUCUGGUGGAAAGUGUCCCUGCUCAUGGCAGGGGGUGGAUUGAGAUGGUCUGUAAGGCCCCUUCCUACCCAAAUCAUUCUGGGAUUCUAUGAUUAGUCUAUGAUGUGGGGGAGCAAAGGCAUAGCAGUGUGCAAUGAUAGGUGCCUCUUUAACAGGAGAGGUUUCUUGGAAGGAAAACUAUUUACUGAAAAGUGUUUCCCAUCUGAUUUCUAGGGGUGCACAGAAAGAAUGCAACUGAAGUGUAAUUCAGUCAUACAAUUUUGCUAGAGCAGGUCUGAGACUGAUAUAAAUGUGUCUGAAAAUGAAACAAUCACUGAAGAUAAACUUUGAUUCUCUUUUGAACAGAUUCUGGAGACAGGGAAUUACAGUUUUAAAAUAUUCUGUCAAUUCAGGACAGUGUGUAUUUUGAAGGUGUAUGUGAGGUAUUUACCUUGGUUUGACCUGGCAUUUUGGCACACUCUAUGUAAUGAAGUAAUUGGUCUGUUAAAAUUAAGUGUUAAAUGUGUAAGCAUUGUUGCUCAGAUAUAAUUUUAGUGAAAGUGGAUUUCUGUAACCGGUCAGCCUGUCAUGCUCUGCGAAAGCAAUGCCUGUUUUAAUACACAAAAUGUAUUUCCUUUUCCCAUGCACAGAAUUCCUGCUAGAAACCAGUACUGAUACUUUGAAAAGGAGCAUGUAUCAUUUUGUCUUCUGUAGUGUUAUUUCUGUCACUGUCUUCAGAAAUCCUGUAUCCACUUGUUUGGGUGCCAAGUACCCAAACUACUGUAAAGAAGUGGGGGAGCAGAGCCACUUAAGGAUUCUAGGUGCAGCUAUUCCAUCUUCCACACUCACUUUCUCUGCAACAGUGCAAAUUUCAGAGUGGCCAGAAACAGCCCAAUUACUCUUAAGCAGAAGAAAAUAAAUCUCUUUAUUGUAUCUGUUUCAGGAAACAAUCACUAAACUAGAAUAACAAUAGGUGUUAUCCCAAAUAAGCUUAACAUUCCAUCAUUUCCAGACUCUAGUGUUCCCUACUUUCCUGAAGGAAAACAGUUCCAACAAGGAAUAGGAAUUUUUCCAACAUUUUGCCUAAAUGUAAUUGGUGAGACAUCAGCAGAAAAAAUGGAGUUGGAAGUUUUAAACAUGUCUACAGCAGUUUCAGACAUGUGCACGUUAUUUAUAAGCUUUCUUUGAAAAAUAACACUGGUAAUCAAAUAGAAUUCAAUGUGCAUGUUCCAUAACACAGUAAUUGUUUUAUUAUUGCCAUAUUGUGCAGUGUUUCUAAUUAUUUAUUUUCCUGCAGCAAGCUUUCUUUUUUUCUUAGAACCAAGCCUGCGGGUCUUCUGUUUUAGCUGGCAAGAGUUAUCCCUGGAAGUAUCCUUGCAGUCAAUCUGAGUACUAGUGCAGGUUGUUCAGGGAGAUUGAAAAGCAGCAGUGACAGAGCAGAUGUCCCUGUAAUCCCCUGUUCCUCUGUUUUGUAGUGUCCCAAAGUUAAAUGUAUCAGUGAAUAAACUGGCCAUGUGACUGCUUAGAGUAAAGGAUACUCUUGUGUUGCACAAGGCAAGGCUCCCAAUGCCCCCUGCCCCCCCCUCCCCCUGCAUGCAUGCUAGCUGACCUAAAUAUCCUGGGAAAAAAUUUGUUUCCUAGUUGUAGAACUUCAGGUGCAGAGUGGAUGGUGGCUGCUACCAUCCCCCAGAGCCACCCAAGCAAUCUACAAACCUUCCUCAAACUCUCAUGGCCACAGGCUCCAAAUAGCAACACUAUAAUAAAAAGAUGUUUUUUAAAAAUAGUUAUUUUAUAUAGGUGCCUACUUGGGUGCCUUCUUGCUACAAUACCAUGCUCCGAGCCUGGCACAUGAGUCCCAACUGGAGCCCAGGCUUCCCUUAGGGUGCCCAAGAGAGGGGCCUGUGGCAGCUCCACCUUUAUUAAAAGGUACUAAGAAACACUGGUUUACAUUUAGAAACAGAUCCCUGUGAAAGCCUGUGCUGGAGGCAGCUCAGCACAUCUGCCAGUAGUUUCAUGGCAUCUUUCACUGAGAGGGCACUGCUGAGUCUCAUCAUCUGUGGCAGUCUAGGACCACACACACCACCCUUAGACUGAAAAUUCAGCUUGCCAGCUCUUCAGCCAACAAGUGUCUGAGGAUCUUGGCAAAGGAGUGUCUUUCCUUGCUCCUGGAAGAACCUCUAGGAGAUCAGCAAGAGAAUAUCUUUUGCACAGUCCCCAAACCUCAGGGUGAUUUCUUAGGAAGUAGUUUGUGGCAGCCAAGAGUCUUCAGCAUCAAUUGUCACCAGGACAUAGAGACUGAGUAGAAGAACUCACCAGGACCUUGGGUUUUUUUGUUCUGUCUUACUCCUGGAACACCAGUCUUCAUAGCUGUUUCCUAGUGAAGCAUUUCCUGGAAACUCCUAGUGUACACAGACACUUCUGUACAGUAAGCACUUGCUGUCUUGGUGAAGGAAAGAUGCUUGGGAACUACUGGAAAUGGAUUUGGUCAUUAGGGAAUGGGGAGAGGGAUGGAGAAAUACAUGAGAGAGGACAAGGGCACUAUUUCAUUGGUAGUGUGAUGCAGGAAGCUGGUGUAAAUUCUGCACCAGACCUAAGCCCAAAUGGAGUCCUGGUCUUCUCCAUCUUCACCUGCAGUGGUGUCAGUCCUGAUUCUUUGUGUCCUUCAGACAGGACAAUACAGUAGAACCCGGAUGCAGUUUCCCAUCUGAGAGUGCAACAUUCUUCCUGGGAAACUUAAAGGAAAAGUAGUGCUGAAAAUGCAGACACAGUAAUUUUCUUUACUAUUUGCUUCUCCAAGAUAGGCAUAAGCUCCUGAACACCUUGCUGGUGUGGUCCUUCAAGUCUCACUGGUCUUCUCUUUCAGAACUGACUGAUAUGCAAAGAGCUGCAAGGAGGACAUGUCUUUUUCCAGACCUAGGUGCUAUUUUUCUGCAGCUGCAUGCUCCAUGGUUUUGUGCCCAACUUGCUGCCCUCUAAGGUCAUGUGUUUUGAAGGUCAGUGUUCUUAGCUGCCUGUGUUCUGCACUUCCCAUUUGUAUUGAAAGGCUGUGGGUUUUAGAAAUUGUUUAGCACUACUCCACUCUGUGAAAGGAGCUUGAAAGUGGUGUUAAGCUGGGCAUGCACAGUCAAAGGCAGGAAAAAACACAGACUUUGGAAAUCUCCAUUCAGGAACAAAAUUCAGCAUCCGAAUAGAGCACUGGGGCUUGUUUUGCUAUUGUGGUAUCAAAUUUCAUUCCCCAGGUGGCUUUCUGUAGAUACUGGGAAACUUAAAUCUUCCUGAACUAUUUCAAAAUUUGCCUUUUAGAUAUAUCCACUCAUUUUAAUGGUGGAUUGGAGAAUAAGAAAAUCAGACUGUACUAUGUUUCUGCUGUUAAAUAUUACAUGUGCUGUAUUUUUUCCUACUUUACACCUUUUCAUUUCCCCUUCCCAAAUUCAGGCCAACAGUCUUCCAUUUUGUUUGUCUACAAAGUAACCUUUGCUUCUCAAUUUUAGUUCACAUGUUGCUCAGCCAUUGCUUCUGAUCUUUACAAGACUUUUUUUUUCUAUUCUGACCAGGAUAUAUUUGCAGGAUACAUUGGGUUUUUACUGUUUCAUUAAAAAAACCCCAUAAUUUUUCUUACCUAGCAUUCUGUUUUCCCCCUCAUCCUAAAAUGAUGGUUUUAUGGAACCCAAAUGUACAUAAGUGACAAGUUCCUCUUCACUUUUCUUCAAACACCAAUAUUCUUCAAAUAGUAAGUAAAGAUUUGUGCUUUCCUCCUGCAACCUUGCCUGUGCAGGGAGCUACACUUUGGGGAAAAGGUGACCUUAUACAUCUCAAACUGAUGAAAAUUGUUCUGGCCUUUACACUGGUAUGUCUUUUUAUCUUCUCUGCUCUGGCACUCAACUUUUAAAAUCUUGAUAUUUAUCAUUAUGUGCCACUCUCUACUAACCUGUGUAAAUGUUGCUGAGCAUGGCCUGGCUUGGUGUCAUAGAGGUCUCUGGUUUUUGUAGGCACUUCACUCGGUGCUCAGCUCAUGGUCCAGGGAGACUGGAAACCAGGAACCUGCAGUUGAAUCAUUGAAUUCCAGACUUAGUUUUGUUUGGAAGGGGCCUUAAUCCCUGUUCCAUGUCCUGCCAUGGAGGGACACCUUCCACUAGACCAGGUUGCUCCAAGCCUUAUCCAACCUGGCCUUGAGCACUGCCAGGGAUGGGACAGCCACAGCUUCUCUGGGAAACCUGUGCCAGGGCCUCAACACCCUCACAGCCAAGACUUUCUUCCCAAUAUCCCACCUAAUCCUGCCCCCUGGCAGUGGGAAGCCACUCCGCUUGCCAUGUUACUCCAGGCCCUCAUCCACAAUCCCUCUCCAGCUCUCUUGGAGCCCCUUUACACCAUGGCACAGGUUCUUAGGUCUCCCUGGCACCUUCUGUUCUCCAGGCUGAACACCCCCAGCUCUCCCAGCCUGUCUCCUAGAGCAGAGGUGCUCCAAAUGUGCUAUAACUUUCUUGAACAACUUUUGAAUAUUUAAUUGUGGCAUCUGGGAAGUCUGUUCUGAAGCACACCUAUCUCAGUAACUCCAGGAAUUUUGCACCUACAAAAUAAUUUUGCAUUUACCUCAAAUCUCACCUGGUGUGGAAACCAAAGUUUAUAUGCCUACUUUGCAUACUGAAUGAGAAAUUGUCACUGCCAUAUUUUUCCUUGUACAAGGGUUUCUGUUCUUUGCAAUUUUUUUAAUACAGGAAGGAAAUAAAGGAAUGUCAGGUCUAAGGUGACUGCUCUAUAACAAAACAUACAUCUUAAUUUCCCAUGGCAAAGUAAGAAAAAUUUCCCAAGUUGUUCACAUAUCAAAAAUGUUUUUUCCCUUACCUGCUCCUGUAACCCUUGUUACUUAUCUGUAAAAGUAAGCAAAGAAACCCAACCUUAAACAAAAGAUUUACUCACUGCUCCAGUCUGCCUUCCCUCUAAAUCAGAUGGGCAAUGUAAUAAGAUCAAAAAGCAAAACAAAACAAAAGAAAGAUUUGACUUUAUUAUGAAAAUGAGUUGAACCAGGGUGGUACAGACAUUUGGA